GUUUUAUCACGAAUGGAAAUUUGCAUUCCGUUAACACUUCUACUGGAUGCAUUCUCGGAGUGUGUUUUGCGAUUAUCCCAAAUUGAGCUGUCACCAGUGACAGAGAAUGACCUCGAAGAAGGUCGUAUUGCAGCACAGGUGGCGAUGAUCGAUAUCAUUGCUCAACAGUUGAGAAUGAACGAAAUUGGCGUGCACGAGAUAUCCGCAUUAACUGAGCACAUCUUCUCGACGUGUGCCAAUCUGUUGCAAAAUCAUUUCGCAAGAGGCGAGCACACCUGCAACAAUCCAGAGAUGGAUGGAUUUCUGGAUUGUUCAGCGUGUCAACAAGCCGCAUUCGUCUAUCAGACGGUCACACAACUCGUCGAACAACUCUGUCCAAAACAGCAAAUGCGAAUUGCGGUUCAAGUUGAUGAG